GUAUUAAUCUGAUCUAUAUACAUUAUAUUUUUUUCUCAAUUCCUUGUCGACCACACAAAAGUAAACAUCCGUGAAGCUUGCUAUUGACUUACUGUAGCGUUGAGUCAAUGGAGUCAAGAUAAUGUGUUCAAUAAUGUAUCACAAAUCCAUCUUUGUUCAUUCAUCCUUCGUAUAGCUUUGCUGAGAAGUAAAAAAUCUCUGUUGAUCUUGAUCCUCUCUCAGUCUUAUGCUAAUGGAUUCUUCUUUUUUCCUUACCAUUGUUGCUGCUGCUUUUGCAAUAGGCUUCUUCAUCUUUCUUAGAAAGUUGAGAAUCCAUCAAGAAAACGAAGAUGUGGGUUCUUCUUCUACAUCUCCUCCAUCGUCUUUGGCGUCUUCAACAUCUCCUCCAUCUACGUUGUCUUCUUCAACAUCUCAUCCGUCUUCUUCAACUUCUCCUCCAUCAUCUUUGUCUUGCACCGGGACUCACCAUGUAUUUCCAAGCUUCCGUGGGGAUGACGUUCGCAGAAACUUUCUCAGUCACAUUCAAAAGGAGUUUCGGAGAAAAGGAAUCACUCCGUUCAUCGAUAAUGAGAUUAGGAGAGGAGAAUCCAUCGGUCCUGAACUCAUUAAGGCCAUUAGAGAAUCUAAGAUCGCAAUUGUUCUGCUCUCGAGGAACUAUGCUUCUUCAAAGUGGUGUCUUGAAGAAUUGGUGGAGAUUAUGAAAUGCAAGAAAGAGUUUGGUCUAACAGUGUUUGCCAUUUUCUAUGAAGUUGAUCCAUCCCAUGUUAAGAAGCUUACCGGAGAAUUUGGAGCUGUCUUUCAGAAAACUUGUAAGGGUAGAACAAAGGAGAAUAUUAUGAGAUGGAGACAAGCUUUUGAGGAGGUUGCUACAAUUGCUGGUUACGAUUCAAGAAACUGGGAAAAUGAAGCUGCCAUGAUUGAAGAAAUUGCCAUUGAAAUUUCCAAAAGAUUGAUUAAUUCCUCACCGUUCAGUGGGUUUGAAGGUUUGAUUGGGAUGAAAGCUCAUAUAGAAAAGAUGAAACAGUUGCUUUGCCUCGAUUCAACAGAUGAAAGGAGGACGGUUGGUAUUUCAGGUCCUUCUGGAAUUGGUAAGAGCACUAUUGCUAGAGUUCUACAUAAUCAAAUCUCUGAUGGUUUUCAAAUGAGUGUUUUCAUGAAAUUCAAACCAAGUUAUACAAGACCAAUUUGUUCUGAUGAUCACGAUGUGAAGUUGCAAUUAGAGCAGCAAUUUCUAGCUCAAUUGAUUAACCAAGAGGAUAUCAAGAUUCAUCAGUUAGGAACUGCGCAAAACUUUGUGAUGGGAAAGAAAGUGCUUAUUGUUCUUGAUGGGGUGGAUCAAUUAGUACAAUUACUUGCCAUGCCAAAGGCGGUAUGCCUCGGUCCUGGAUCUCGUAUUAUCAUCACAACACAAGAUCAACAACUUUUGAAGGCGUUUCAGAUCAAACAUAUUUACAAUGUGGAUUUUCCACCAGAUCAUGAGGCUCUUCAAAUCUUCUGCAUCCAUGCUUUUGGUCAUGAUUCCCCUGAUGAUGGUUUCGAGAAGCUUGCUACGAAAGUUACAAGACUUGCUGGUAAUCUCCCUUUGGGACUUAGGGUUAUGGGUUCUCAUUUCCGGGGAAUGUCCAAGGAAGAUUGGAAAGGGGAACUACCAAGGUUACGGAUUCGCCUUGACGGAGAAAUAGGGAGCAUUUUAAAAUUUAGUUACGAUGUCUUGGACGACGAAGACAAAGAUUUGUUUCUCCAUAUAGCAUGUUUUUUUAACGACGAAGGCAUUGAUCAUACCUUUGAAGAUACUCUUCGUCACAAAUUCUCAAACGUGCAGCGAGGGCUUCAGGUCUUAGUUCAAAGAUCUCUCAUAUCCGAGGAUUUAACUCAACCGAUGCAUAAUCUACUAGUUCAAUUGGGUAGAGAAAUUGUUCGUAACCAAUCCGUUUAUGAACCUGGGAAACGUCAAUUUCUAGUUGAUGGAAAGGAGAUUUGUGAAGUACUUACUAGUCAUACAGGAAGUGAAAGUGUUAUAGGCAUAAAUUUCGAAGUUUAUUGGAGCAUGGACGAACUAAAUAUAAGUGAUAGAGUUUUUGAAGGAAUGUCUAAUCUUCAAUUUUUUAGAUUCGAUGAAAAUUCUUAUGGAAGAUUGCACUUGCCACAAGGUCUAAACUAUCUACCUCCAAAACUUAGAAUUCUACAUUGGGAUUACUAUCCGAUGACAAGUUUGCCUUCUAAGUUUAAUCUGAAGUUUCUUGUCAAGAUAAUAUUGAAACACAGUGAGCUCGAGAAACUGUGGGAAGGAAUUCAACCGCUUGUCAAUCUCAAGGUGAUGGAUUUACGUUAUUCUAGUCAUUUGAAAGAGCUUCCUAAUCUCUCAACAGCCAUUAAUCUCCUAGAAAUGGUUCUUUCCGAUUGCUCAAGUUUGAUAGAGCUUCCUUCCUCUAUUGGGAAUGCUACUAAUAUCAAGAGCUUAGAUAUACAAGGUUGCUCAAGCCUAUUGAAGCUUCCCUCAUCUAUUGGAAAUCUCAUUACUCUCCCGAGAUUGGAUCUCAUGGGAUGCUCAAGCCUAGUGGAGCUUCCCUCAUCUAUCGGAAAUCUCAUUAAUCUCCCGAGAUUGGAUCUCAUGGGAUGCUCAAGCCUAGUGGAGCUUCCCUCAUCUAUCGGAAAUCUCAUUAAUCUCGAGGCUUUUUAUUUCCACGGAUGUUCAAGUUUACUGGAGCUUCCGUCAUCUAUUGGAAAUCUCAUUAGUCUCAAGAUACUAUACCUAAAAAGAAUUUCAAGCCUAGUGGAGAUUCCUUCAUCUAUUGGAAAUCUCAUUAAUCUCAAGUUAUUGAAUCUAAGUGGAUGCUCAAGCUUAGUGGAGCUUCCUUCAUCUAUUGGGAAUCUCAUUAAUCUCAAGAAAUUGGAUCUAAGUGGAUGCUCAAGCUUAGUGGAGCUUCCUUUAUCUAUUGGGAAUCUCAUUAAUCUCCAGGAACUGUAUCUUAGUGAAUGCUCAAGCCUAGUAGAGCUUCCUUCAUCUAUUGGGAAUCUCAUUAAUCUCAAGACAUUGAAUCUAAGUGAAUGCUCAAGCCUAGUAGAGCUUCCUUCAUCUAUUGGGAAUCUCAUUAAUCUCCAGGAACUGUAUCUUAGUGAAUGCUCAAGCCUAGUAGAGCUUCCUUCAUCUAUUGGGAAUCUCAUUAAUCUCAAGAAAUUGGAUCUAAGUGGAUGCUCAAGCUUAGUGGAGCUUCCUUUAUCUAUUGGAAAUCUCAUUAAUCUCAAGACAUUGAAUCUAAGUGAAUGCUCAAGCCUAGUAGAGCUUCCUUCAUCUAUUGGGAAUCUCAUUAAUCUCCAGGAACUGUAUCUUAGUGAAUGCUCAAGCCUAGUAGAGCUUCCUUCAUCUAUUGGGAAUCUCAUUAAUCUCAAGAAAUUGGAUCUAAGUGGAUGCUCAAGCUUAGUGGAGCUUCCUUUAUCUAUUGGAAAUCUCAUUAAUCUCAAGACAUUGAAUCUAAGUGGAUGCUCAAGCUUAGUGGAGCUUCCUUCAUCUAUUGGGAAUCUCAAUCUCAAGAAAUUGGAUCUAAGUGGAUGCUCAAGCUUAGUGGAGCUUCCUUCAUCUAUUGGGAAUCUCAUUAAUCUCAAGAAAUUGGAUCUAAGUGGAUGCUCAAGCUUAGUGGAGCUUCCUUUAUCUAUUGGGAAUCUCAUUAAUCUCCAGGAACUGUAUCUUAGUGAAUGCUCAAGCCUAGUAGAGCUUCCUUCAUCUAUUGGGAAUCUCAUUAAUCUCCAGGAACUGUAUCUUAGUGAAUGCUCAAGCCUAGUAGAGCUUCCUUCAUCUAUUGGGAAUCUCAUUAAUCUCAAGAAAUUGGAUCUCAACAAAUGCACGAAGCUGGUAUCACUCCCGCAGCUUCCAGAUUCCUUAUCAGUUUUAGUUGCAGAAUCAUGUGAGUCCUUGGAGACACUUGCUUGCUCCUUUCCGAAUCCCCAAGUUUGGCUCAAAUUUAUUGACUGCUGGAAACUGAAUGAAAAAGGGAGAGAUAUCAUCGUCCAGACAUCGACAAGUAACUACACGAUGUUACCAGGUAGAGAAGUGCCUGCGUUUUUCACUUACCGAGCUACCACUGGAGGUUCUCUGGCAGUGAAGUUGAAUGAGAGGCAUUGUCGUACAUCUUGUAGAUUUAAAGCUUGCAUCUUGCUGGUUAGAAAGGGUGACAAAAUUGACUGUGAGGAAUGGGGGUCCGUAUAUCUUACCGUCCUAGAGAAACAGAGUGGUCGCAAGUAUAGUUUAGAAAGCCCAACUCUAUAUCCACUUUUAACUGAGCAUCUGUACACAUUCGAAAUCGAAGCAAAAGGUGUGAAAUCCGUAGAGCUUGUCAUUAAGUUCCAAUUCGGCAGGAAAAAAUGGGAGAUAGGUGAAUGCGGGAUACGCCCACUCUUGGAGGAGGACACUCACGUCGAAAGUUCUAUAUAAUGACGUGAUUGUAUUGUCUAUUUCCAUAUACGGUAUAUAUGUUUGUAACACAGUUAUUGGUGAUGGUAAAAGAGAAGUUAUUGGUGAAGGAUGCUGAGGAAACGUGAAGCUAUUAUUACCAAUAUGGAUACUGAAAAGAGAUUCAUUGGAGACAAUGCUCCAUUCAACUGGAGCUGUAGAGGUUGUUCUUGCGAAAACAUGUGAAGGGAUUCUGUAAGGAGGUUUAUUAGGGCUCGAGGUCUUUGUUGUUGUGUUGUUAGUGGAUCUUUCCAUGACUUGUGUCGGAAGAUAUUGCUCUACAUUGUUUUAGAAUCUGAUCAGGUCUUGGUUCGCGGCUUCUAUGGAAGAAUAAGAAGAGGAAGAAGAAGAAGAAAGUCUUGAGAUUGGAUCUUGCUGGUUAGAAAGGGUGACAAAAUUGACUGUGAGAACUGGGGGUACGUAUAUCUUACCAUCGUAGAGAAACAGAGUGGUCGCAAGUAUAGUUUAAAAAGCCCAACUCUAUAUCCACUUUUAACAGAGCCUCUGUACACAUUCGAAGUUGAAGCAAGAGGUGUGGAAUCCAUAGAGCUUUUGUUUGAGUUCGAAUUCAACUUAAAUGACGACUGGGAGAUAGGUGAAUACGGGAUACGCCCACUCUUGGAAGAGGACGCUCACGUCGAAGGUUCUAUAUAAUACGUGAUUUUAUUGUCUAUGUCCAUAUACUGUAUUUAUGUUUUGCAACCGUUGGAGUUCAAAUCGAAAUCAUUAAACAUGUCUCUACAGUGAGAGAUCAACAAAAGUUUAAGUCGAAUUCAGUUUCUUGGUUGACAAAUACA